AUGGUCAAACCAAUUAUAGCCCCCAGUAUCCUUGCUUCUGACUUUGCCAACUUGGGUUGCGAAUGUCAUAAAGUCAUCAAUGCUGGCGCGGAUUGGUUACAUAUUGAUGUCAUGGAUGGUCAUUUUGUUCCAAACAUUACUCUGGGCCAACCAAUCGUAACUUCCCUACGUCGUUCUGUGCCACGUCCUGGCGAUGCUAGCAACACAGAAAAGAAGCCCACUGCGUUCUUCGAUUGUCAUAUGAUGGUUGAAAAUCCAGAAAAAUGGGUCGAAGAUUUUGCUAAAUGUGGUGCUGACCAAUUUACGUUCCACUACGAGGCUACGCAGGACCCCUUGCAUUUAGUCAAGUUGAUUAAGUCUAAGGGCAUCAAAGCUGCAUGUGCCAUCAAACCUGGUACUUCUGUUGACGUUCUAUUUGAACUAGCUCCUCAUUUGGAUAUGGCUCUGGUUAUGACCGUGGAACCUGGGUUCGGAGGCCAAAAAUUCAUGGAGGACAUGAUGCCAAAAGUGGAAACUUUGAGAGCCAAGUUCCCUCAUUUGAAUAUACAAGUCGAUGGUGGUUUGGGUAAGGAAACCAUUCCCAAGGCCGCCAAAGCUGGUGCCAACGUCAUUGUUGCUGGUACCAGUGUUUUCUCGGCAGCUGACCCACAUGAUGUUAUCUCAUUCAUGAAAGAAGAAGUCUCGAAGGAAUUGCGUUCUAGAAAUUUACUAGAUUAG